AUGCCUCUGCCACCAGCACUUUUAGCACGACUUAAAAGGCGAGGGAUUGUUGACGAAGAUGUUACGGAAGAAGUAAUCGCAGAGAAUUAUGACGUCGAACUCCCUCUUGGAGCACAGAGUGAUGCUCGUCAAUCAUCGGAAACUAAUGUUGCAGGAGCUAAGGGAUGUCCUAAUAAAUGGAAUCCUUAUCAUUAUUGUGUACAGUUUUGUUAUGAUUACUGGAGAGAUGGGACAAGUGAAAAUAAACUCUCACAGAAAUAUCUUGAGCAGCGAAACAAAGUUUUGAAGAAAUACCCAUUACCUAAUGGUUGGAAGGAAGUGUACGAUCCUGGAUGUGCCCGUUAUUAUUAUUGGUGUCCGCGAACUGAUGAAGUAUCUUGGCUACCACCCAGACAUCCUCUUGCUGUAAUCGGCGAUGCAGCACCUAAAGUCGCAAGAGAAAUGUUUGACAAAGGCGAAAAUACUAAUGGCAUUAGUGAAUGCAAAAUAACUUACGAUGAGAGAGCAAAUAAUGAGAAUGAAGUUUCAUCGAAGAACUUUGGUGGGAGAAGACAUGCAAAAAAGCGACGGCAUUCAUUAGAUUCUGAUGGGAGUGAAAGUUUCUCGGCUUCUGAUAGUGGUGAAGAAAACACAAUUGAACUUAAUGACAGAGAUAAAUUAAAACGUGCGAAACGAAAGGGAAUUGAUCCAAUGGAUCCAGCUGCAUAUGGGGAUCAUGUUCCUGUAGGUACAUGGAAUUCUGGUUUACAUGCUCACGAUAAAACAGGUGCUGAUGUGACAGCCAGUGGUCCUCUUUUUCAGCAACGACCAUAUCCUGCCCCAGGAGUUGUUUUACGCAAGCAACAAAAAAAGCGAUAG